AGAAUGUCUUCCUACGUCGAACAAAUAGAAGAGGCCGCUGAGCAGCUGUUGGAGGAAAUGAGGACGGAGAAAGAGAAGGAGAAGAAGAAGAAAGAGAACUAUCCUGUAAUAAGGCUUCUUGCUAGAAAUUUAGUCGACUUGGUCUACAUCAAAGAGAAAGAUCCACUACAGAGAGAUUUACUGUUGAUGAAGAUUAUGUUGAAGCACGGAGAAGAAAUACAGGCACUAAGUGAAAAGAGGCAGAAAGAGGCAGAGGAGGCGCAAAAUAGAAGGGUGCCACGGAACUCAAAUGGGUCACAUGACGUAGACAAUGAGUCCCAAGCAUCGACAUCCCAGCUGUCUGACACAGCACUUCACCAACAAAAAAUUGAUAAACUUGUUGAGGAGAAGGCAGAACUUCUUGAGGAGAAGGCAGAACUGUUGAGGACAAGGGACAAGCGGAAUUCUAACAUCCAACAACUCAAAGAUGAGGUGUCGGUUUUGAGAUCUAAGCUUCACUCCUCGAAUUCUGAUCCGUCUUCAGAGCACAACAACACCGUACCCGUGGAGGAAGACGGGGCGGACACGGAGCAGCCCAAGAAGAAACUAAAAAGAGGAAAGAACAAGGAGAACGAUGAUUGAGGAGCUACCACUGUAUUCUAUUGUAGCAGCAUUGGAAAUUAAUCUAACAUGAAGAUCAUCGUUCACCCUCAGAAUUGCGGGUUCAGCGAGCCUGGACUUAGGACUAGUGCAUAUUUAACAAAUGAAACAGAUUAUUGUCGUUACAAUUGUGGGCAGACACUGAAACCAAGCUCCAGGGUACAAUUAUAAUACUGAAGGCAUAGCAGAUUUUUAACUAGGUUCUACUUACUUUAGACGAUUAUCAUAAUUAUAAUUAUGACUAAGAUUGAUAUGAUACAUAAUGUAACCUUUGAUCAAUGAUCGUCUUCCAUUUAGAUUUAACUA